GUGGAGUUGUACCGCCCCCCAGUGGUAAAUAGAUGUCAAUAGCAAACGCUUCAAUCCUUGAGUUUGGCUUCAGAUUUCCAGAACAUAUUUAGUCAUUCGAUAUCGAAUCCAAAGUUGUGUCGAGAGUAUAGAUCACAUGACAUGAAUGGAGUCAGUUGAUUGGCACCUUUUGUUGAACUUUCUCUACUUUAUUUUUAAUGUUUUUUUAAAAACAUAGAUAGGCUAUGUGUUAAUAUUAAUGUAGUGUUUUGAGUUUCUUUGUAGUUUUUCUGAACUGAAGCGAUUAGUCACUUUUUGACCUUUCAUUUGUAACAAUAUUAUUCUCUGAAAUCUAAAUGAACUACUUUAUAAUAGAAUGACCAAGUUUCUGCAUUUAUAUAGGGUUAAUGUAUCUGCAGUGCAUCACACAAUGUGAUGUAUCAAUGUGUGAUACAACACAAUUAUAGUUCGUUUGUUGACUUUGUGGGCAUAAAUUCAUUCCAUGGAGUUUUUAUCUUAUUUUCUAUUUUAUUUUUCACAUGUUUGUGAAUUUAAUUAGAUUCUUUAUGUACACAAAAAUGAAUUCAAACAAUUCGUUUUAUCGCCAUUGACGAUUAAACUGUUGUGCAAGCGCUUCAGCUCAGUAGUCAUGCUCGGGUGUUUACGUAAACUCGACCAAGACACGAAGUGUUGAAAACCCCUCCCACCGGUGAACGAAGGGGCAUUCGCUCCACGAUUGGGUCCAACCCUCCAUCUGCCAGCGGAGGGAGGCGGUGUCGAGCGCUUGAAUGACGGCCGUAUCUACUGUAUGUUGACACUUCAGUGGGGAUCGAGACAGCCUCGGGUACUACAACACCGGCCUACAUAUUCAUCUGUAAUAACAUAUCCGAUGUGAGGUAUUCGAGCUCCACGAGCGUUUCCUUUGUCGUCGCAGACUGUUGUGAGAACGACUCGGGGCCGAGGCUGAGGUUGAGGCGGCGUUUCUUACAGGUUCAUGACCCACAUUUGUCAGCGGCCAGGGAAGUAAGUAGAGAAAAAGUGAAUUGUUAUUGUUAUGGUCGAGGAGUUUGUAGACACGUAUGAUCGGAUUAAGAGGACAAAUGGGAGGCGGAUGCAGAUCCUAAGAGGCAAACAUCCGAGCAGAAUGACACUUGAUGUCUGCGGGUGGGAGUUCACCAUAUUCGCUGAAGUUGACGCUCAGACGCGGACCACAGGAAGAGUAAAAGAAAACCCACUGCAGUAAGCUCAACGCCACACCAGACAGCAUGGGGAUCAACGGGUUAGACAAGCAAGGGCAGCCGUCUGGAGGAGUGUGCAGGACGGACGAGCCCUCUGCAGAUCCCCACAUGCACGGCAGAGAUGCAGCGCAAGAGGCAGACGAAAACAAAAGCGACCAGACUGCGGGAACACUGGUGCCAGAGGUAAGAACCGUCCAGGUGAUGGAGGCCGACUGUCGACAGCCUGACUCCCCGCUGCCGCCGGCUUCUGAUUCCGAAGUGGAGAGCCAGGCUGAGAGGCAAGGACAGGGUUCCGAGUUCGUCCCCCCCGAAGGUGGGUUCGGCUGGGUGGUGGUGCUGGCUGCAACCUGGUGCAAUGGCUCCAUCUUUGGGAUUCAAAACUCCUUCGGCAUCCUGCACACGAAGCUGGUGGAGGAGCACACAGACGUAGACGAAAAGACGUCUCAGUUCAAAGUGGCCUGGGUCGGAGCCCUGGCCAUGGGCAUGAUCUUCUUCUGUUCCCCUGUGGCCAGCAUGUUCACUGACCACUUUGGUUGUAGAAAGACAGCGGUCUGUGGGGCAGCACUGGCUUUUAUUGGAUUGCUGACUACAUCAUUUGCAAACUCCCUAGGCCUUCGUUACUUCACUUAUGGCAUACUCUUCGGCUGCGGCUGCUCCUUUGCGUUCCAGCCCUCACUGGUCAUCCUUGGCCACUACUUCAGACGACGCCUAGGCCUGGCUAAUGGCGUGGUGACGGCAGGUGCCAGCAUCUUCUCGAUGGUCCUCCCAGUUCUCCUCAACAAUGUGGUUGGUUCUCUGGGGCUCAGUAGGACCUUCCAGAUCCUCAGCCUGUUCAUGUUGGUCCAAGCUCUCCUGGCACUGACGUUCAAACCGUUACUCCCUUCUGGGGGAGGCAUGGGACCACCAGGGAUGGGACCUGACCCUGGGGAGCUUCAAAACCAGUCUGGGGCUCAGGGCACAAGCAAAUGCAGCAGGAUUGUGAAAACGCUCAGAAAAUACUUCAACCUGCGAGUAUUUCACAACUUGACAUAUCGUCUCUGGGCAUUUGGAAUUGCUACAGCUAUUCUGGGCUACUUUGUGCCAUAUGUACAUCUGAUCAACUUUGUGAAGCAGCAGUUCAAGGACACCGACAAGGACUGGGUUCUCCUGACCUGCAUAGGAGCCUCAUCUGGUGUGGGGCGUCUUGCUUUUGGAAAAAUUGGAGACCUCCUCCCUAGUCUUAAGAAGGUCUACAUGCAGGUGGCCUCCUUCUUGGUUAUGGGCUUGUUGUCCAUAAUGAUUCCUCAGUGCUCUAUGUUUGAGGGGCUGGCAGUGGUCUGUGUGUUCCUAGGCCUGUGCGACGGUUGCGUCCUGACCAUGAUGGCCCCUAUAGCCUUUGAGCUGGUUGGGCCCAUGCAGGCCUCUCAGGCCAUUGGCUACCUUCUUGGCCUCAUGGCUCUUCCCAUGACAGCUGGUCCACCUAUCGCUGGUCUACUACGUGAUUAUUUCGGAAACUACACAGUGGCCUUCUCCUUGGCUGGAGUGCCUCCUAUGGUUGGAGCCGUGGUGCUAUUUUUUGUGCCUCUCGUCCAUUCACGACUCCAGCAGCGAGAGGCUGCAGCAUCGGCAGAGGAGACGUCCACCACUGCUCACAUGUUGCCCACUGCCCAAAAAGCACAGGAGCCCAAGAGCUGCACCAAUGGAGAAAUCCUCCCAGGCUACAGUGACGUAGAGACACACAUCUGAGUUGCAGUGAAGAAAGGGAUUCCUGCCACCAGCACCUUUGCUCAUCUUCAGAAUUCCCCUUCCUCCUCACCCAAGAGGUCACAACCACAGACUUGUGUUUGCUGACCAUUAACCCUUACCAGCCCUCCUUGUCUGUUUGUUAUUUUCAUAUGGAGAUAAUUCAAGAUUACUCUAGCCACAACCCUCUCACCACAGAGAGGACAAAAAUCUUUCCUGUGUUGGAUGAGUUCAAGAUAAAAAGAGAAGCACAACACACAAAUAGGAAUGGACUCUGGAGUCAUACAUAUUUUACCUCAAAGAGGAAGCCAAUGGUAUAAUGAUGAUUUUAACUGACACAUGGGUCACUUCUGAUGCCAGAUGACGUUGGCAGACGUUAAUACAUGACUGACUGAAAUAAAUAUACUUUUUUUAAGAUUACACAUAUAUCAAUUUGGAGGAAUUUCAAAAUAAGAACUAGUUAAGGGAUAAAAUCUGAGUUUCUUUACGUAGUACCUCAUACAUCUGUUUUUUGUCAACACAAUGCAGGUUUGUCCUACUGUUUUCUGCUGAGCCAGCUGUGAUAAGAGAAUUAUACUCCUGAUUGUUGAUAUAAAUGUGAAAAACAUCAAAAGAACUAUGGAGGUCAUUACAUCCACAUGAGUUAGUCUCCCCUUUGACAGUGCCUGUUGUGGAAUUGAACUCUAGUGGACCAAACAACUUUUUCUUUUUUUUGCUUGUAAAAGCGAACUGAUCCAGUUGGGAAAAAAAGCAACGUUGCAUCAUUUCCUGCAGUCGCAUUUUAUGAAACAAGACCUUAUGAUUUGAGGCAAUCACUUCACUAUCCGUCGCUGUAUUAUAAACCAGGGUCCACUAACAAAAGUAUCGCUACAACUCAACCCUUUUACUGAUACAAAUUCCACGAAUUCUGAACUUUUUAUAUUUGUUGUAGGUUUAAUUCACAGCAGGCCAGUGACUACAAAGGUCUGCUAAGAAUGAGUCAAAUUUUUCUUUUCUUUUAGGAAUUUAACUCUACGAUUUGCCUUCGAUCUUUAGCAGGGUGAUAGACUGAUCCGCACACACUGUGUUAGUAUGAGGUGAAGAUGCACAGACUGCAUCACGGCUAGAGCCAAAGGCUGAUGGGAGAUCAACGACCGCCACUAACUGUAGAUUCUCAUCAUCAAAACAAAAUUUGAAUUUUGAUCUUUUUUUAAAGCUUUUGUAUGUUUGUUUGUCUGCAUUUGUCUGCAGAUGAUGGGAGCAGUUACGAGGCUAAAAUGUUACAGAAUGUUGAUUAUGGGGGACUACUGAGAUUACAGCUGCCAAGUGGCCUAAUCCCCCCUGAGGCCACCUCACAGGAAAGAAAUAAAGAAACAAACAAACAAAAAAAAAACAAUUAACUUGCUGCUGUAGUUUAGACAGGACACAUGGGCCUCGAUCACUGUGUUAGCAGAAACAGAUCAUCACAGUCUCUGUUUCAUCAUCAUUCAGACCACUUACCUCUGGACUCUGUAAUUACAGGUUUUGAUUUUGGACAGUAACGAACGAUCAUCUGUAAUGGACAGAUGUGGUGCUGCAGUUAUGGACAGUUUGUGUAAAAACCUGUGCUGAAGAGUAGGAACGACCUGGUGUUUAGCUGGUGUUUCUUCUCUUUUAUAGAUCACAUCUCUAAAGAAAAUGGUACAUUAAUUUAAAAUUGCUCAAAAAACUUACAACUGUAGUUUGGCAGCAAGAUAAAACCAUUUAAAUUAAAACAAGAAAGUUGUUUGAAGGCCAAUUAAUUUGUGUUGGUGAUUCUAAAUCUAAUUUGGAAAUUGAUAAUUGCAGUUUAGCCAAAGAUUGGGGUCUGAAAACUUCAACAUCAAAGUUAAUGUUAUUAAUUUAAAAAUUCACCAGGAGUUGCAAAAACAUUUAUACCACUUGAGGGAAGCCAAUAGUGUAUGAUGUUCUGAGUAGUUAUAUUAAACAAUUUAUUUUAAAGUAAAUAUCCAUGUGAGGAAUACAGUGACACAUGUUUUUUUACUAUUUAAAGCCAGCUAAAUUUUGGGUGCAACUACAGAUAUACAUUUUUAAUCGCCUUUAUUCGAUGCACCAAAUUUUUUGGACUAGAUUCCAUUCGCGGCACACAGUAACUUUCAGUGUUGAAGGCCUAACAGCUGCACAAGCCUCAGUGUGCGCGCGUCAGAGGCAGUACAGCUACAUGGGAACUGCUUUGAACAGGAAACACAAUAAUACCUCAGUAAUCAUUGGAUCAACUGCAGUUUGUUGGAUGUUAACAUUUAUCAUUAAUUUCUUUGGGGUGUGCUGUUGUUUUCUACAUGUCCAAAACCACAAAUUUCGCUGUUUGUGUCUCAUCAUUCAACAGUUGGUGCAUGAUUGUUUUUACCAUUUUCGUUUGUUUUGUUUUUUUUCAGUUGCUCAGUUUUUAUUUUUACUCUGUUUCCUCUUUCCUUAGGACUGGUUCUUACUUGUAUAGUUCUCUGUUCUCACCACAGCCAAUUUUUCUGAUAUUACUCUAAAUAUAUUUCUAAUAGGAAAUUCCCCUUAUUUCACAGAAACAUACAAAUUCUGUGGACUUUGAACAAAUUAGUCUUUACUAGACGUCUAAUAAUUCGUACAAUUUCUUUCACCCCAAAACUUUAAGCACUUACUUUAAAGAAAGCCAUAGAAAAUAUUUUGUGGCUUUUAUAAUAUGGUUCAUGAUGUUUUAUUGUAUUAUAUUAAAUGAUUUGGAUAUCUUAGUGUAAAAAUUAAAGUUCAGUUUUACUUAUUUUUGAUAUAGGUAUCAAUAUAACUGCACGUUAGCCCAUUAGCUUGUUAGCAUGUUACAACCCCAAUAAAAAAAUAAUGUUAUUGACAAAUUGUGCUAGUUUGUUUGGCUAAACUAAAGCUCAAUGUCACUAAAGUCCCAGAAACUAGUACACAAAGUGUAAAGAGAGCUUUGGCAAACAUGUUGUGAUAAGGAUGUAAUUUUGUUUUUCUACAUUUUCAUGCUCAGAAUAUCCAUCCUGUUUCAUCUUAUUUGGAGAGAUGAUUGUGAUGGUUAAAAACAUUUUCCUAUUAACAAAACUGCCUUAAAACUCUACAUUACAAGUUACCUGUUGAUAAAUUUGUGUAAGUUUGACAAAAGACUUUUAGGUAAAAAGUUGAUGAUUUUUUUUUUUUUACAUUCACUGUCAUGUGUUUUGUGGUAUUAAUCAUUGGUAUUUUCAUUGGUGUCUUCAUUGUUUUAGCCUCACUCAGAUUCUGGUUAGAACCAACUGAGUUGUAGUUUACUAUUACUGCACAUAUACCUAAUACCUUUUUUUUGUGUGGAAAUUUUGCAUUUACCGUUGUAUUGUUUAAUGUUUGAUUCUUCUACAUGAUAUAGAUCAGCAACUACCUGGAUAAGAACUGUUGACUUUGUCCAAAUGGUAGGCCAUAUAUACAGUAUACACAUAGCCUUUUAUUUUAAUGUUGUGAUCAAUGCCUUAAAUACAGUCCGAUUGGAUGGUUCCUAUUAGAUCAGUCAUUGACACGGCUGUGCUUUACUGUCUGUUUUCGUCUAAAUGGGAUAAUAAUGUACAAAAUAGACAUUGAGUUCUAAAGGAGAGGAUGUAAAAAUAAUGAUCAGGACCAUUAAACAAUUACUGAAGUGAUUAAAGAAAAUUAGACCAAUUUUUUAUAUAGCCACAUUUGCAUUCAGCACUACUGUAGUCAACUUGUGGAUGGCUAUGUCCAUUUCUUAUAUAGGACUACAGGUGAGGUUUAAGUUUGUAUGUAAUUUGUUUCUCAAUGUGAAGGAGAAGAAUGUGUGAAGAAUGUUACAGUCAUAUCUGAUUUUUGAUCUCUCUGAUCUAAACCUUAUGCUCUAAAUAAGUGAUGACUACAUGCUUGGACUCUGUAUUAGUAUCCUAAAGUGUAGUCUCUAUGUUACCUAACCAUUGUGUAUACUACUAACAGUACUAAGUGUUUUCUUUUCCUAAUAAUUCAAGGGUUAUAGAAACGCAUUUCCUGACAAUCAAAGAAAUGGUGCAACUGUCUCCAAAUUUGUUUUUUCUUGGUGCUUUUCUGGUGCUCACAGAUUUGUGAAAUUUGAUAUGUAGCCCAAAGCUACGUAGGGGCACACACAGAGUUAAACCACAUUUUCAUAUGGAGUUCAACUUCUUAGCUGACAAAUGUUGAUCUUUUCAUAUUAUAUGCAUUUUUCUUUAACAAAACAUAAUAUGUUGGCUUUACAAGUCAAGACGGAAAUGUGCCUGAACAUUUUAGUCAUUAGAUAAAGAAAGUGUAAAAGGUUAGGGCUCAGUGGCCAGUAAAUUACCUUAAAAAAUUAAUAUUGUAUAUGUCUCUAUCUAUAUAUUUAGUGAACCAAAGCAAUGCAAUUUUGGUUAUUCCCCCCUGCAGUACCUCAAAGGACCACUUGUAGGCAAACAUUCACACGUUGGAAAGCGCUGUUCUUUACCAUUAGUUGAUUAAACUUUUCAUCUUGACUUUGCCAUGAUGUCCAUAAUACUCUUGCUUUCAAGCUCUGCUUGCUACCUUAAAGCACUGCAGUACUGAGGCUUGUUGUUGUUCCUCUUUGUGCCAUCUACACCCUGUGAAAUGCUGUGCUUUAAAACCACACAAACAGCAUGUGAUGGCUCAACGUCUAUAUACAGUAUACAGUAUAUGAAGAGAUGACAUUUGCCAAAAGCCAUUCUAAAUUUUCCUCAGUGCUCUGUUUUUCCAGUACUGUUUUCUCACUUAUCUUUAAGGUGAAGUAUCAUUUUUACAGUACUUGGCUACAGUGGCAUCACAUACAUUACUUUGUGUGCUGCUCUGGGAACCAUUCAUGAUUUACAGGGUGAUAUAAACAUUAUCUUUCAGUAUAUCUUGACUGUAGGCACUGUGUUAAAAAAAAACAUGCAUCGUCUUUUGCAGAUGAUAAAACCACAAUUAUGCCAGCCUCACAUUAUAUCUGUGCAGGACUCUGCUAAUGCCAACUGCCCUAACAGCCUCUCUUUUUUAUAUUAACCCUCCACAAACAUUAACUUUCUCUAUUAAAAAACUGUAAUAAAAAGCCAUUGGCUUCACCAUAUCUGUUAGGAGUCUUGCUGCUAAAAAAUAUAACUUCACCUGUGUUUUCUUUUGUUGUUUGUUUUUCUGUCAAAUUAAUUUUGAAACAUUUUUCUAAUAAACACAAAUAAAGAUGUAACAAUCAAACUAU